AACUUUUAUGGGCGAAUGGCCGCGAACGGCAAGGUUCUGGCCACGCCCAGAGAUAUUAGGGUAAACUGUGAAGCUACGGUAGAACCUUGUCAGUUGUUGGAGGAGUACGUUAAAAAGAUGAAAUUUGCGCUUGUGAGCUGGUUAAGGGGGGAGGAUAAAAAUGCUCUCAGCAUUGUUCCUGUCAGUUGGAUUGUGGACUUCGACCCGGAAAACGCCAAAACGGAAUACCUUAUUGAGUGCCGCAGCAUUGGUGGAAAGAGGCCCACUAAUGGUUGGAGAGUCGAACCAGCACAGAUUUUGCAGUUGGCGGAAAAGGAAUCUACACUCAAGAUUGCUGAGCAGAGACUCUUGCAAGAGGACCUUCCUCAAAGCAAGAAGAGAAAGAGGGUGCCCAACAAACUCUUCUUUGACCCACAGGAGGAAACUGUAGGAAAAGUUUCAAAAAAGAAAAACUACAAACUCAUAGCUGCAAGACAUUCUGAAUUAGAAGUUCUUGAAGAAGAGCCUAACCUCAGCCAAUUGAAUACUGCAGAAGCACUUGAGGAGGAGGUCAGGGCCCUCAGGGAGGAGAACAAAAGACUGCGGUACCAGCAGAGUGUAGGAUCUUCUGCAGCCUGUAAAGAUCUCGAGACCCAACUCAAGGCUUUAAAUAAGGAGAACGUCAGGCUGCGGAACAUGGCAGUUAAAGAAAUUCCAUCACUCUUGGCAGCUGUGAAGACCCUCAUUUCGUAUAAGAUCACAGAGAGCUCAAGCUACGAAGGUGAAAGCGAACAUGAGGCCAGUGUUGCUUUACCGUCACCUGCUCAACCUACAUCUCCCAAACCAGCAUCAGUGCAACUAGGGAAGGAUGACUCCACCAGAGUGUCUGCCCAUUGUUGGGAAACUGCAAAAGCGCAAUCCACAGCGAAAGGAAUGGCCCGCACCCUCCUACUGGGCCUGUUCAGCAUUGAUGUGCUACUGAAGUCCAACCUAACGGGAGGGGUCAACAAGGUCGAUCCAUCUGCAGAGAGACGUCAACCUCUGGACCCCAAGAAGCUUCAAGCUUUACUCAAUGCAGUUGUUCAGCAACACCCAGGGGUGAAGAUUCCAGACAUACGGAUGGCCAUAAAUAAAAGGAUCUGUGAGUUAAGACACCAGGAGAAGAAAAAGUCAUCUGAAGGACUGGCUAAUCAGAGUGGGUCUUGAUAAAUUAGCAUGUGGGAUCCACACUGCACUAAAGGACUGUUGUCCUAUUUUUUCCACUGUGGAAUUGUUUUUGUUGUGCUCAAGACUUUUGAAGGACAGUUGCCUUCUUGUUAAUGUUUUACUUAUUUUUAAAGUAUAUUUGUUCAUUGUAGUUGUUGUUUCCAUCCAUUGGAUGAAAUAAAAAGAUUUUAUGGCUUGGAACUAAUUAUGAUAUGGCAAACCGUUUGCCAUUUGCUGAGUACAUGUAUAAAUGUAUGGUUAUAUUAAAGCGUUUCACAUA